ACCUCCGUUAAACCCAGAAGAAGACGUUAACAGUACAGACGGUAACGAAAUGGCUUCGCUUCCUUUCGUCCGAGGCGCUCUACUCGUGUCGUUUUCGGUUCUUUUGACCGUAGUUCUGGGCUUCGGACUCCCAGCGUUGCUGAACGCUGUCGCUAAAUGCUGUGGUUUUCCUGAGACCAGCGUGACAGAGUGCAUAGUCGGCGUGUAUUUCAUGUUCGUCCUCUAUGUCGCGACACCGCGUAUACCCAGGGGAUCUAUAGAGGUAAAGGGAAAGGCAGUAUUCAUCACAGGCUGUGACAGUGGUUUUGGUCAUGCUACUGCCAAGCACCUCCACAAACUGGGCUUCACUGUCUUCGCUGGCUGUCUCUUCAAGGAUGAGGGCGGGGAGGGGUCUAAGGAGCUGGAGGAGAUGCAGUCAGAUCGGAUGAAGGUGAUUCAGCUGGACGUCUGCAGUGAGGAGCAGGUGAACAGAGCUGUGGACUACGUCAGCACACGCCUGGACGACUCACAGAGAGGUCUGUGGGCGGUGCUGAACAACGCAGGUGUGUCAACGUUUGGCGAGGUGGAGUUUACGACCAUGGAGACGUACCGCCAGGUGUCAGAGGUCAACCUGUGGGGGCUUAUCAGGGUCACCAAGGCCCUCCUGCCCCUCAUCCGUAGGGCCAAAGGUCGUGUGAUCAACGUGGCCAGUAUGUAUGGGCGGAUGGGCAAUGCCCUGCGUUCUCCAUACUGUGUGUCUAAAUAUGGCGUGGAAGCAUUCUCCGACUGUCUACGUUACGAGAUGAAGGCCUGGGGGGUCAAAGUCUCCGUCAUCGAGCCGGGGAACUUCAUUGUGGCCACGGGUAUCCUGACCCGGGACAUUGUGGCGACCACGGCUGGUAAACUGUGGCGCGAGGCGCCCCCAGGCGUCCAGGAGGACUAUGGCCACGCCCACUUCGACAAACACAUGGCUCUGAUGAGGUCAUACUGUAGCAGCGGACAGAAGGAUGUCCAACCCGUCCUAGAUGACAUCACCGACGCCGUCACGUCACGACGCCCGUUCACCCGCUAUAACCCCAUGGAGCCUCAUUGGUGGAUCAGGAUGCAGGCGAUGACGCACCUGCCUGCUGCCAUCUCUGACCGGCUCUACUUCUGAACUAGAGGAUCUCUACUGAACUAGAGGAUCUCUGACCGUCUCUACUGAACUAGAGGAUCUCUGACCGUCUCUACUGAACUAGAGGAUCUCUGACCGUCUCUACUGGACUAGAGGAUCUCUACUGAACUAGAGGAUCUCUGACCGUCUCUACUGAACUAGAGGAUCUCUGACCGUCUCUACUGAACUAGAGGAUCUCUACUGAACUAGAGGAUCUCUGACCGUCUCUACUGGACUAGAGGAUCUCUGACCGUCUCUACUGGACUAGAGGAUCUCUGACCGUCUCUACUGAACUAGAGGAUCUCUGACCGUCUCUUCUGAACUAGAGGAUCUCUACUGAACUAGAGGAUCUCUGACCGUCUCUACUGAACUAGAGGAUCUCUACUGAACUAGAGGAUCUCUACUGAACUAGAGGAUCUCUGACCGUCUCUACUGAACUAGAGGAUCUCUGACCGUCUCUACUGAACUAGAGGAUCUCUACUGAACUAGAGGAUCUCUACUGAACUAGAGGAUCUCUGACCGUCUCUUCUGAACUAGAGGAUCUCUGACCGUCUCUACUGGACUAGAGGAUCUCUACUGAACUAGAGGAUCUCUGACCGUCUCUACUGGACUAGAGGAUCUCUACUGAACUAGAGGAUCUCUGACCGUCUCUACUGGACUAGAGGAUCUCUACUGAACUAGAGGAUCUCUGACCGUCUCUACUGAACUAGAGGAUCUCUGACCGUCUCCAUAUGUAUAUCAUAUUGCAUUAGGGUUCUGUUCCACUUUAGUCUUUUUUAAAUUGGGAAAUUCCCUAUGGAAAAUUACAAGCGAUCGAUUCUCAAUAUGUAAAUCUAAUUUGAAUGAAUUUUCUGAUUUUUAAGAUUGGCUGUUCCCCUUGGAUCAUGGGGUCCAGAGACCACUGCUGUAGCUAAGGAUUGCUUGAUGCUGGAAAUCUGUGUUUUGAGCCAUUUUGAACAUUAUGCACUAUUGUCUUAUCUAAUAAAUAUAUAUAUUUAUUAUAUA